AUGGAAAUCUUGUUCAAUAGCAACUGCAGCCCUGAAGGUCAUGCGGAGCUGGUCGAUGCAGUAAAAUGGGUUCAAGAAACUGUUCCUGACUUCACUCCUGAUAGCGGGCCGUCAGAGGAUGUGCAGUAUUCAGCUGUAGCGGUUCUUUGCCAAGCAGAUUACGCAGAAGCUUCAAGCGUCACAUCCCUAAACCAUUGGGUGCCUGCUUUGCAGGCACAACAGGUGAGUCACGCCAAGGUGGCUAUGGAGGAAUGGAGUGAGGAUGCUAGAGUGAGCUGGAAUGAAACACUGAAGGCCCUGGAUCGUCGACGCCAGGGAUGCAAAGAUCCGAUUUUGCUGGCUUCCAUUGAUUCAGAGGUGGAGAUCCAGCAGCGAGCACUGGAGAACUUCCUGGCAAUGCAAAAAACCUUGUUUGAACGGAAUGAAUUGCUGUGCAGACAUGUGAAGGGGGAUGGCAACUGUGGAAUCUACAUGCUCAUUUCCAUGAUCCAGGACAUCCCAAUGCAAGAGGUGACGCAGGCAGAUGCUACAAAGCUGCGCAAAGAUUUGAGCGUUCUGUGGUGCCAGCUCUCCUCGAACCCCAUGUACUUGAAAAUUUGGCAAGUCCUGCGGCAGUUCAAGUCCGCUGAAAGUGGAGACGACCCGGACCCGACCACCCCAGACAAGAAGAAAACAGACCAGGUCAUUCCGUUCACUCCGGACAAGCAUGCUGGGAAGAAACGGUUGCUUCCAGCAGAUGGUAAGUCGCCUGACAACCAGAACAUCGUGCUUCCUGAUGACACGGCCGACCCUCCGAAGAAGCCGAAACCAAGUGGCAAACCCCGGCCGGUGGCAGAGCGGCUCAGAUACCCAGACUACUUUGGAAGGCGUGGAGCGAGCAUGUGCGCCAAUGGGCAGACAUGGCCUCAAUUCAUGGAGAAUCUGGCCAACGGCACUUGGGACGUUGGCUGUAGCACAUGCACUGCCUUUCUGGAGAGCAAGGGCUUGACCCAGGCAAAACUGGUUGAACGUGUGCGGCUUUUGCAAGCGAAGGUUGAGGCCGACAAGGAGAGGUACCAGAACGGGCUUGUGAGCCUGAAGCGAAAGAAGGGUCCAGGUGCCAGUGCUGAAUCCGAGGAUGUGAACAGGCCAGAUGAUGUGAAGGAGGAGCCAGAUGAUGAAGAAGGCCCGAAGGUGAAGACUGAGGAGCCAGGGGAGAAGCCAGACAUGGACAUGGUGGACAACGAGUGGAAGGAUGUGAGCAUGGGGAAACAAGAGCUGAUAAGGACAGUUUUUGGGUAG